CUGUCGUCGGUAUUGUAGUUCACAGAUCGUAAUGUUUAUUUCGUAGUAUCUGUAUCGUAAACGUUACGUGGGUAAAAUUCGAUGAGCUGAACGCUAGAUUCAACAGCAACGACAACUACUGUACUUGAAUUUAAUCGGAUAUUUUAGUUGUUAUGGAAGAUCAGUUGUAUAACUACUCCUCUUCAAUGACCAUGUGACCUGAUAAGGAAUAUCGGGCAAAGCUAGCCCACUAUAAGUCUGAAGGCAGGGGCAAUGUCAGUUCCUGUGACAGAGGCUGUGAAUCCGAUCACAAAGAAUGUAGAUGUGGCAAGUCCUCUAGAAAUAGUUUCCCUUCUUCAUAAAUGUGACAAAGAAAUCUUUGAAGGCUGGAAUGAGUAUAAAAGUUUGUAUGAUGAAGAAGUAUUGGCCACAUUGGAUAAGAUCAUCACAGUUGCUGCUUCAAUCAUUGAGAACCCUGCCUCUGGCCUGAUUGUAUUAAGUGGCUGUGGAACUUCAGGCAGGAUUGCAUUUUUAACAGCAAGGACCUUCAAUGCUAAGCUGUCAGAGCUAUCAAGGACACCAUGUUUCAAGUAUCUCAUUGCAGGAAGAGACAAAGCUUUAUUUACCUCCCAGGAAGCCCCAGAAGAUGACCCAGUUUGUGGAGUGGAAAUGUUAAAAGAGAUAACAGAUGGGAAGACUAAGGUUCUGUUUAUUGGCAUUACAUGUGGGUUGUCUGCCCCUUAUGUUGGGGGCCAGCUCCACUAUUGUAUGGAGAAUUUAGGUGUGUUCACACCUGUAGUGCUGGGAUUCAAUCCGACCCAUCUAGCAAGAAAUAAUCCAAUAGAAAAAUGGGAGUCAACUUUUUUGCAAGUGAUAAACAAAAUGGAAGAAAUGAAAUCUUCGUCAAAUGUUUUUAUACUGAAUCCAGUUGUAGGGCCUGAGCCAAUCACAGGAUCUAGUCGUAUGAAAAGUGGGUCAGCUACUAAGGUCCUUCUGGAGACCAUUUUUACUGGUGCUAUUCUCUCAGCCAAGUCUGGAGACAGGCCAUGGCAGACCAAGUCUUUCAUUCAGAGCUAUCAAGUUGUGUGUAAUAAUCUCUAUAAUGCAAAAGGAAGUAUGGAGGCAGUUGCUCAGAUUGUGGAACUGGCAGGAAAUAGUUUAAAGUCAAAUGGUAGCAUAUAUUAUGUUGGGGAGGGUACUCUUGGAAUUAUGGGAAUGAUCGAUGCCUCUGAAUGUCCUCCAACUUAUGGUGCUUCUCUCUCUGAUGUAAGAGGAUUUUUGGAUCGUGGUUACAAGUCUUUCAGGAACAAUGAUGGUGACCUCAGCUCUCUCGGAUUACAUUUCCAGAUUUCUUUCAAUGAUAUGAUAAAGGACAUUCUACCUCAUGUGAAACCUUUUGAUGUUGUUAUAUACAUAACCUCAGAUGGAAAUGUUGAUCAAAGAAUGACAAAAUGUCUCUGCAAGAAAGCUCUGAUAUCUUUUGCACCAAAAUCCAGCACAGUCAUUUCCACUGAUGUUGAGGUUAACAUGUCACUGCCAAGGGAAGCCUUAAUUUCCCUGAUUGGGGAGGCAGCAUUCCAGCAGUUUUCAAUGUUGUUUGAGGAGAUCAGUACAAAGUGGAUUUUGAAUGCCAUCACUACAGGUGCUCAUGUCAUGAAAGGAAAAGUCUUUCAAAAUAUAAUGGUGGACCUCAAAGUUAGUAAUAACAAGCUAUUCCAUAGAGCUAUUGGCAUUAUACAGAGAUUUUCCGAGCUCUCGUUAGAGGACAGCAAGGACUGUUUGCUUCGAUCUAUUUAUAACACAGACAACUUAUCUGAAGAAAUCAGGGAACGCCCAAUAUCUUGUCAUAUUGAAACUGCAACACCUCUAUCACAGGUUGUUCCUCGUGCUUUGCUCUCAGCCAUUCUGUCCUGCAGUGUUUCAGAGUCCCAAAGAUUAUUAGACAAAGAGCCAGUUAUACAGAAAGUUAUAUCUCAGACACUGUCUGGAGUAAACCAGUGAAUAAGUCUUGCUUUAAUCAUUAGUUCCUGUUGCAAUUUUUAUGAGUCUCAUUUACAUUUAAUCAGGUGUUUAGACAAUGUUAACUGAAACGUUGUAUUAAUUAUAAUGAAAUCAUGUUCCUGUGCCAUUGUGUUUUCAAAUCCUUUAAAAACUGUUUCGGAAAGUUUAAUCACAAAGGUCUACUCAUGAUUGAAAUUUUUAAAUUUGUGUUGGUUUGUUUUUGAAUUUGAGUCAAUAUUUUUUAAUGGCUUUGUGGCAAUACCUAAAUGAAACAAAAUAAUUUGUAGCUUUUUAUGUAAAUUACUACAGUUAGUUGCAUUAUCAUCCGAAGCUAAGAAGCUUAUUUAACUUAUAUAGAUGAAUUCGUCUGACUUUUAAGAUAUUCAAGGUAAUAACUAAAUGUUUUAGUUAACAGAUCUAGCUCAAUUAUAAAGAGGAUGUUCUUGCUUUAUGUUAAUUAUAUUAUUGAUUGUUAAUAAAAAUCUGUCAAACUUUUAA